CAAACUUCCAGUCCGAAAUCCCACGUUGGCCGAUGGGUCAUGGCAUUCUCCAUGAUCGCACGAAAGCUCUACAGAUCUCCUCUCUCCUUCUCCUUUCUCCUUCAUUCCACCAUUGCUCUCUCAUCUUUUUCUGCGUCUUCAAGUGCUGCCUCUCUCUAUUCUGCGUUUCAUCGAACAGUUUCUCCACACUUCCGAGCUCCACUUAUCAACCCUAAUUUACUCACUUUCCGUUCAUUUUCCAACCAAGUCAUUCACGAUUCAUUUGGUUUCACCGAACCCGCCGCCAAUACGUGCAACUCUCAGGUACUGACUCUCCUUGAUUUGCUCAAACGAGUUGCGAAUUUGGACUCCGAGGCAGAGGCCAUGGCUUCUCUCCUUGAGUCCCACAUCGAGCCAAGUCCAGAUUUGGUGUAUUCAGUGACUUGGGCAUUGAAAGGUGAAUGGAGGGUUGCGUUUUUGGCGUUCAAAUGGGGGGAUACAUGUGGCUGUAGUGAUGAAAAAGUUUGCGAGUUAAUGGUUUGGAUAUUGAGUAAUCACAGAAAGUUCAACACUGCUUUGUGUUUGAUUCGUGACAUGUAUCGGUGUUCGAUGAAUCCCAGAAGGGCUAUGCUUAUAAUGAUUGAUAGGUAUGCGGCUGCAAAUGAUCCAUGCAAAGCUAUUCGGACAUUCCAUGUUAUGGAGAAGUUUAGACUGGCACCUGAUGAAGAAGCAUUUCACAGUCUCUUGAAUUCUCUUUGUAAAUAUGGUAAUAUUGAAGAGGCUGAAGAGUUAAUGCUUGUAAAUAAAAAGCUCUUUCCUUUGAACGUUGAUGUCUUUAACAUUAUUCUAAAUGGUUGGUGUAAUAUAUGUUUGGAUUUGUUUGAAGCAAAGAGAGUUUGGAGAGAAAUGUCAAAGUGUUGUAUAACACCUGAUUCAAUUUCUUAUGGUCAUAUGAUUUCUUGCUUUUCAAAAGUUGGGAAUCUUUUUGACUCUCUGAGACUGUUUGAUGAAAUGAAGAAACGAGGUUGGGUCCCUGGUGUUGAGGUUUAUAAUUCUUUGUUUUAUGUAUUGACUCGUGAGAAUUGCUUUGAGGAAGCUCUGAAACUCCUUGAGAAAAUGAAAGAAACAGGACUGAAACCUGAUUCAGCCACUUACAAUUCAAUGAUACUUCCUUUGUGCCAGGCAAAAGAGGUGGAUAAGGCAAGAAAUGUGUUGGCCACUAUGAUAGGGGAGAAUCUCAACCCAACAACUGAGACAUACCAUGGAUUUCUUGAUGGUGUUGGUAUUGAAGGAACUUUUAAAAUUCUUAACCAAAUGAAGAUUGAUGGUUUGGGUCCUAACGGAGAUACCUUUCUCCUUAUCCUUAGAAGAUUUUUGGAAGUACAGCAACCUGAAAAUGCAUUGAAGAUUUGGGCAGAAAUGAAGAAUUUUGAAGUAGCAGCUGAUUUUGCUCACUACAAGGUGUUGGUGCAGGGGCUAGCAGCCUGCGGAUGGCUGAUAAAAGCUAAGGAAUUCUAUGUUGAGAUGACGUCAAUCGGAUUUACGGGCGACCCAAAGCUCCAGAGGCUCCUUAAGGAGCCAGGGCGUGGCAAUAAUGAUAAGAGAGCACAGCAAGGGAAACAGGUUAGGAGACCUAAAAAUGUAACUAAAUGGAGAGGCAGUUCUUUGAGACGGAAGAAAGAGAGGAAAACAAGAUCAAAUGAGUCUAUUUGAAGCCAUGGCAGAACAGGAAAAGAAGAUCACGAGUCUAUUUGAAGCUAUGGCAGAACAUUCUGAAAACUACUGGAGCAGCUGCCUUUGGCGUUCUAUUUUUAAUAUAUGCUGAUAAGUCACUGAAAAACAUUGAGAAGGAUGCCUAUUAUCAGAACAUUCUGAGAGGCAGUUCUUUGAGACGGAAGAAAGUGAGGAAAACAAGAUCAAAUGAGUCUAUUUGAAGCCAUGGCAGAACAGGAAAA